GUGCCCCAGAGCCAGCGAGGCGGAGCCUGCUUCCAGCAGGGGAGGUGAGGGCACGCCUCGGAAGGGAAGCGGGGAGAUGGAGAGCAGCAGUCCCAGGGAGCUCUCGGAGCCAGAGAGCAGAAGAUCAGACCACAGCCAACUGUCCUCAACAAGCUGCAUGGCAGAUCCAUUCCUGGUCACCUUGCAUGUCAUCACCAACCCGGGAGAUGCAGCGGCCCUGCAGGGCGCAGUCGACAACCUCGUAACGUGGAUUAAUCCCGAGCUGCGGCUCUUCAUCGCCUCCGAGCGCGGCUCCUCGCAGCCCCGAGGGGUGAGGAGAGGCAGCGGCGGCAGUGGUGCACACCCGGCUCUAGCUGUCAUCAUCUUUGUCCACGAGGAGUGUGGGCAGCAGAUCUCCCAGCUCCAUGAGCGUUUCCUCCACCCACCAUGGGAGUACCACCACACCGAGAUGGUCAAGGGCCGAAUCCUUCCCUACAUGCCCCGGAACCAGGACUUCUUCACUCUGGCCAAUCACAACGCCCUCUGGGCUGUCAGGCAGGUGCACUAUGGGAAGGAGAUUGUCCGCUUCACCAUUUACUGCAGCUUCGAGAACUUUGUGGACAUGGCGAGGAUGUAUCAGCUGAUCCUGAGGAGAGAGUCGUCCCAACGAAAGCCGGACUUUGUGUUCUUCACCGUCUACUCCAACACAGAGGUCGACGUUCAGCUAUCGCUGAAGAGGCUCCCAAAGGGUCAGGGCCCUUCCCCCACCGAGUUGGCCCUGUUGGAGUUCAGAGUUCACGACAUCGGACACCUCAUCCCUCUACUGCCGAACCCCUGCAGCCCAAUCAGUGACCUGAGGUGGCAGACGGAGGACUAUGAUGGAAACAAGCUCCUGUUGCAGGUACACAGUGUGUCCAGGGGCUCUUGGAAGAGAAGUGUUGUUGCCCAGUCCACUGCAGCAAGGAACAGUUCUUGCCGUCCUCCACGCAGCGCGCUCCCCCAGUGUCUGGGAUGUUCUCCUGACAGACACCCCCGGCGGCGCUGGCAGGCUAACCACAAACCGCAGCACACCAGCGGCUUCAGCCGCUUCCGAGGGACGUCUCAAGAGGACAUCUGGAUAGCUUGUCGAGGGGAUUCAGGCAACCUCACCUCGAGGGUUUCCCGGGUUGCUCAGCGCAGCAAGUCCUUAUUCUGUCUGCCGACCUUCAGCAGCUCGUCAUGCUCUUCAUCAUCUUCGUCGCCACUGGGAGAGCUGGCCCUUUCAUUGGCUGACCGUGGGCAACAGGUUGAAGACCCAGCACUGGACAUCACCUCAGGGAUGGUAACCGAUAGCCUGGAAGGUGCGGCAGAGACCAAUGUCGACACCGGUUUGACUACGUCAUGCUCUGACCUCUCUACCCUGUCCAUGUACUCGACGCUGAAUGGCUUCGGCAAAGAGUUAGGUGCUGCUCUUCCCCGACUGGGCGAUCGCAGCACCCGGAAAAAGGCGGGUCUCUUCAGGUCUUCAUUGUCCACGGACACCUCGCCUCCUUCCUCCUCCGGCCUUUCCUCCAGGUCUUCUCCUGGGUUCCAGGAAUUCUCUUCCUGCCCUUUGACCUCACGCACAGCACCUCCGCGUGCCUUCACUGCAACAUCAUGGAUCUGGCCCAGAACAGACCGAUCCUCCUCCUCAGAGAAUGCAACUAGAAAUAAGAGCUGCCGUGAAGGCAGACAACCCACUGCUAUCCUGGAAGGAGAGCAGGAAUUUUACAUUUGACCCGGUCUGUGAGGCAGAAUUUGCAUGUAAUUUGUCACUAAAUAUCGAGCUGCAUGUACAGAUGAGACAAUGGAUGUUCAUGCUGACGACUAACAGAACUGGAACAGGGUUGGGUUACCAUGCUGCUGGUGUCAAAGUGAAAAUCAGAAACAUAUUGGAAGACUCCAAAACCAAUUCUUCAUCCUUCCCACCCUGGUCUUUGUGUCAGAGUGUGUUAAAGUUUACAGCAGUGAAAGCCAUGAGGCAUCAUGUAAAGCAAAACAGCUCAGAACCUCUGGGUGCCAGCACUUAAAACUGCUGAUGACAGGAGUUGCCAUACCCUUGUUCAAACAUGCUUCACAUGUUCCUGAAAAGCCAGGACAGAAACACUUCCAUUGCUUCACUGAGCCACGAAAGCACAGGACCUUUAGUUGAUGUAACUGCAGUCCCAUUUCACAUUAACGCCAGUGUUAAAAUGAAGCUAAUCUGGAUGUAGGUUUGCUCGCUGAGCUGGAAGGUUCGUUUUCAGACGUUUCGUCACCAUACUCAGUAACAUCUUCAGUGAGCCUCCGGAUGAAGCUAAUCAGAACAUCGGUGCCCUCUUUGAGGUGCAUUCAGCUAGUAACAGUAAGAUUACAAAAACAUAGAAGCAGGAGUAGCCAUUGAGGCUGUUCAGCCAUUCAGUAAGAUCGUGGUUGAUCAGAUUAGGGACUUAACUGCACUUCAUGUCUGCCACCUCGUAACUUUUAACUGCCAUUGAUCUGCCUAACUCAGAUAUAUUCAAUGACCAGGUCUCAAGUAUUCUCUGUGGAUGAAACUUCCAUAGCCGAACAAUCCUCUGGGUGAUGAAAUUCCCAUGUUCAUCUCAAGGGUUAUAACACAGAGUGAGGAUCUUGGAGGUGCAGCCUGAGUGAGUUGACUGUGUGUGUGUGUCCCUGAGCACACUGUCCUUGCUAUGUGAAGGGGUUACACUGAGAGUUACCAGGGGGCAGCCUGAGGUACCCCACUGAAGUGCAGAAGUGUCCUGUAAGUGGAUCAGAGAUGUGCCAAGAAGAGUCAGAGAGGCUAGCAAAUGUCAGAUGCCAAUAUCCAUGGAUGUGAGGUGUGCUUGGCCAAUGUCCACUGAGGGUGUCCUAAGAUGCUGGUGCCCGUUGUCCCAACAUGCUCUUCGGAAUAGGUGGUGAGUUGAGGUUCCCAGGUACCCUCGUCGAUUUCCCAUCUCGGGAAAUUCUCAAUACCUAGCUUGCCUGGCAAGUUUGGAUGCUGAGUAUGAACGAGAUGAGUCGAGGUGUUAAUGAGGCAUUUAACCAGGUAAAAUCCCCCUUAUCUGACACCUCACUGCUGUGAAUGGAGAACUCACCUCAUCACUCAGCCAACGCAGCAACAAUGGGGUGAGUUGCUGUCCGUGUCGAGAUAAUUGUCCACUUCUGCCACGAAUCUUGCCAAGGCCUACAUCAUCCAGACUCUGUAUGCACUUAUAUGAUUCUGCCCAUUGUCUCAGCAUCCACCGUUGUCAAAUCCCUUCAGAACCUUACAUGUUUCAAGAUCACCUUUCCAGUGGCCAUCGGCCCAAGGUUGUCCUCCUGAGACAAGGCCUUCAUCCCAAGAAUCGGCCAAUUGGACCUUCUGUGAAUUGCUUCCAGGGAUUACUAUCGCUGAUGAUGCUGCUCCCAGUCAGAAUAAGGCUGACUGUUCCUUCCGUCACUGUAGAUCGAUGUCUGAGACAUUCCCAUGGACCAGCGACACACAUGACAGCAGGAGUUCAAGGAGCAGAGCUCAGGGAUGAUUCAGGAUGGAUAAUCAAAGCCUGUACAUCCUUCAUCCCAGCAGCAAAUGCGGCCAUGCGGGCACUCCUAUUUUAUUGUUUAUUAAGACUCGGGUUGUUUGUGAUUUUAGAAAUGCAAUAAUCAUUCAUUGAUUAAAUUCUAAACAUUAAUCUUGGUUUAAAGCAUCAUCUCAUGAGCUGUUAACUCAAAUGUAUUUGUAGAUAGCAUUAUUGCCUGUUUAGUCUUGCGUGCAUUAAGAAUGAAGUGUUAUGGCACUAUUUAUUGCAGAGCUUAAAAAUGGAGUCUAUUGAUAAAAUAUACUAUUAUAAGACAUUAAACUAAUAUAUAUGUGUGUGUGUGUGUUAAUAACUGGAGAUGCACUGAAGAUAGCAGAAAUGGAAUUCCAAGCUUUGAAAUGUGGCUGCCUCCCAUGAGUCUUGACUAUCAACCACUUCUCUAUCAGGAGAUCAUGCAACACCUUUCCAGAAUCAAUGCCAGAUUCUCAUCAUUAAAAUGGCCCUUAUGUUCUCCAUUCCAUCUUCUCUCACCAUAUUUCACACUCGUGAAAAUAAUUCCUCAGUUCGUUGCUGGAGUGAAACGUAAAGCAAGAGUAGGCCAUUCAACCUAUCCGCUAUUCAAUAUGCAUCGGGUUGAUCUGUUUCUUAAUUCCUAUGCAUCUUUCUUUCAUUACCCUGAGUACAGAAACACUUGGUAACUGUGAGAAGUGCAGCUAUUUCCCAAACAUUCCUACCUCCCAUCAACAACAAACGCCCAUGCAUCUUUUUGGGAACUGGUGACAUUGGUAAAUGUCCCCAAUCAUAAGGAAACUGCAAAUGUCAGCACCAUGUUAUUUGACAUGUUUCUGCUUUUGGAUAACUAGGUCCUGGCUUCAUGUAGAGUGAGAUACGCAUUAUCAGGCUUGCUUUAGUGUUGAGCUUGUGAGGAGCUCCUCACAAAAAAUGGAAUGCCAAUGAUGGUGCAACAUGCCAUCUUCACUUCCUGGGUGAAACCGUGCAUGGAUUUCUGGCAGUGGGGAGCUGCCCAGCAGUUUUCUGCAGUGGAGUAACAGUUGUCCCUUCAUUCUCCAUAGGGUUCAUUUCCACACUCCUCCUUUGCCAAAGUUUUACUUCGACACUUUGCUGAUCUCUCGGCCAAAUUCCUACUGCAAAAGAUUUUUGAAGCAGUAAGUUGUAAUAUUAUCUGACACAAGACUAGGUAUGGGCCACAGCUGAUGAAAAGAGGCAUUACUUUUAGAAAAAUUGUAUGUUGAAGGAGGCUAUCAGCCUCAGCUCAUACCUGUGCCAACUCCAUCAGGACUGUUUCCCAAUUCUCUUACUCAACCAUUGAACCUGUUUCCGCUCCACUUUUAGGCAGUGUGUUCCCACUCAUCAUAACUGACUAUAUAUAUAUUUUUAAAAACCUCCAUCUGUCCUCUUGCUAAUCAUCUAUAAGCUUUUUCCCAAACAUCCCAACAGUAAUAACAGAUUUCCUACACUAUUAAGUAGCACCUAUACUUUGUCCACUCCCAUAACCUACACUGCUCUUGGGACAACAGUCCCUACUUCUCUCAUCUCCCCACAUAAUUCAUUCCUGUUUGGAAUAAUUGCUUUUUAAGGUUAGAACUCAGCCAAUAACAGGAAGCCUUGUUCUAUCCUCAUCAUGACCUCAGCAUAAAAUGGCUGUAGAAUGACACAUUGUGAUACAAUUGACUCAUUAGGCCAAAUGAGUUCAUAUUUGGAGUCUCACCCCUUAAUAGUCUCUGACAAAACUCACUUCGGUGCCAUGUGAUUGGGUGGCAACACGAUGGCAUAGGCCUACCAAUGAACUGAGGGUGGUCAGUCACCAUAGCCUUCCAGGGAAAUAAGCCAAUACCACAGCAUACAGUGUGCACUGGUUUCUACAAUUAAAGUAUUCACCUUUUCUUUGACAGUACACAUUCAUGUCCUUAAUUAGAAUUAGUUAGUGCUGUUGAUAUAUGCAUAAUCGGUGAUGUAGGAGCAAUAGGGUAAGAUGUUAAAGCUUUGUUCAGCGGUUGUUAUCUUCACGCUGCAAUGUAUUGAAUUUUCAAUAAAUUGUUUUCA